CCACCUGAGUGUGGCGCCCCAGUGUUUGUACCAAUUACAGACCACCUUCACCUUCCCUAUUAGCUAGAAUUUUCUGAAAAUUAGCUAAAGUUCAAAGAAAAUAAUAAAAUAAACAAGCAACUUGGAUUAAAGUUAAGAAAUCAUGUCCCUGUCGAUGAACGGUGUCUCCUCAAGAGUGAUGCAGUUUAUAGACCCAGAGGAGCGUCAUCGAGCUGGAAUACAGAUGCCGUUCCAGCGUCUCGCUCGGCAAAUGCAAGACGUUUUGGGUGAUGGAGGAAUUCUCAAGGAAGUGGUACAUGAGGGAGAAGGUCCGCUCGUACCCAGAGACGCUUCGGUCAGCAUUCACUUUUCGGGAUUCUUGGAGUACUCGGAUCAGCCCUUUGAGUCGACGAGGAGCUUUAAAUUUCCCAAAAUGAUGAAGCUGGGAAAAGACAUGACUGUGUGGGGCCUCGACAUCGGCCUGCGAACCAUGAAGAGAGGAGAGUUCUCUCGUUUUCUCGUGCAGCCCAGAUAUGCCUAUGGAGAGAUGGGCUGUCCUCCUGUCAUCCCACCGUGGGCCACAGUGCUUUACGAGGUGCAGGUCAUCGACUAUCUUGACUCGGCCCAAGUGGACGAGUUCUUUGCACUUUCACCAGAAGAGCAGAACUUGUCUCCUCUGUCUACACUGCUGAAUGUAGUCGACACGGAGCGGAGCUUCGGAAACCGCUGUUUCAACCAGAGACGAUACGAAGACGCCAAAGACAGAUACAAGCAGGCCAUGACGUUGCUAAGUAACCGCAAGCCAGCAGACGGAGAUGAGAAGAGACGUGUGGAGGAGGCGAACCUGCCCUUCCUGCUCAAUCUCUCCCUCACUUACCUCCGCCUGGAGCGACCACACAAAGCCCUGCAGUUUGGCCAGAGGGCUCUGAAGAUCAGCCCUACAAACACCAAAGCUCUGUUCCGCUGCGGUCAGGCGUGCUUGGAGAUGAACGAUUACGAGAAGGCACAAGAUUACCUCGCCAUGGCUCAGGCCAGAAAGCCGUUUGACACAGACAUCAACAACCUGCUAAGGAAGCUGGCACUUUCUUACAAAGAAGACCUGGACAAGGAGAAAGAAAUGUGCUCCAAGAUGUUUUCUGCUCUCAAAUCCAAGAAUAAAGAUGUUUCGGGAUUGGAAGAAUAGAAUAAUCAACUAUGGAACUCUAUGUGACUGAACUGAAGUUUGUUUUUGGUAAUUUCUUAGUUAUUGUUGCCAUGUUUUCUACUAAUUCAGCAAUCUGAUAUAGGGCUUAAGUUUGAAAGUAAUUUCUUUUUAUUAUUAAUGUUGUUUGUUUAUACAAAUAAAUAUAGAUUUUUUUUUCAGCAUAAUCUGCAGUUUCAGACUUGUAUAUUAGAAUACUGCAUGAGUUUUUUUUUUUCCAUGUCAAUACAUAUUUUUUUGUUGAAA